AUGCCUAAACAACAAUCUGGUCGAGGAACGGAUCGAGAUGGUCUAUAUCAAUGCUCACAGUGUUCCCGUCGAUAUCACCGCUCCGAACAUCUCGUUCGUCAUGUUAGGUCCCACACAAAGCAGCGCCCCUAUGCGUGCAACAUGUGCGGGAAGGCUUUCGGACGCUUAGAUAUUCUGAGGAGGCAUCAAUUUGCACACCCUGGAGAGGAUGAUGUGCUUGCCGACAAUUCUCAACGUGCCGGGACCGAACGAGUUGGAAAAGCAUGCAAGUUGUGCUCGUCGACCAAAUCCAAAUGCUCAGAGGAAAAGCCAUGUCACCGAUGUCUUGCCAAAGGACUGGUUUGCGAAUAUGAGCCAGCUCAUCAAGAGAGAGAAGAGCCCGGCGAUUUGCAGAGAAGACAGCGAGGGGAAAACGCCGCCUCAGACGUCGAACUUGCAAAGUCUGCACCAGAGGCUGAGCAGAGUGUCAGCAUGCACGUGGUUCACGCCCGCGAUUAUAUGACCCAGAUUCAUCCUCGUCUGGUGACCAGGUCAAUUCAAAUGAUCUAUUCACAACAUCCGAUUACUCCUCAGGCAUGCUAUCAGCGCCAUGCAGACUACUUCUCCUUUGGACCGGAUUGGGACAUUGGGACGCUGGACUUCUCUUUUAUCCAGGCCCAGUUCGAGUUGGGUGACGCCAAUACUACACCUGGUGAUGUCUCGGACAGUUGCCAAGACACACUGAUUCCUCUGGUCUCUGGAAGUAAGAAUGUUGCGCUUUCAGAUAUAUGGGAGCCAAAGAACCACGAGCAUAACGAGAUGGAGCGGCAGAAUCUGGCAGUGGGUGAAGGGGCGUUCGGAGUUUCUCACUCGAAAAAAGCGACCGGGAACCGGGUACCCGAGCUGUGUGUGUCGCCGGCUAUACGCAGCAAAGUUGUUGGCAUGAUUCUAAGGACAACAUCGGAAUCCAGGUCAGCAGAGGUACUUGGAUGUUUUCCUGGGUGCCAAGCCUUGAGCUCGCUUCUUGACAUCUACUCAGAUUACUGGGAGGCCACUCAGAUCUAUGACUUUGUGCAUUUGCCAACCCUUGACCUUUGCAAACAGGCACCGGAGCUGCUAGGAGCUUUGAUAGCGAUAGGCGCAAUUCAAGCGGAAUCAAUAGUGGCCCGAAAAUUUGGAUAUGCAAUGCAGGAAGUUGUGAGAGCGUCAGCCUUCGACAGUUGGGAAGGAAAUAAUGCCGCGGUAUGCGACAUCAGCUUAGCCCAAGGCUUCUUGUUACAGCAGCAAAUUGCUUUCUUUAGCGGUGUGAGACGCAAGGUUGCACUAGCGGAAGCUUGUUCGAAAGCUGCUGAAGUUCUGAUCAUGAAUGGAGGCCACAUGAAGGGAGCCAGGCAGACAGACUGUCAAGACCUGUCAACUAUCACGGAAGCCCAUGGAGAUACCCUUGAUGGAUUAUGGCGUCAAUGGUCCCUACGCGAGUCCCAACGACGACUGGUCUAUGCUUCCUACAUCUUGGACGCCCAUGUGUCCAUGUCACAUGGAACACAGAUGAUUUCGACAUAUGUCGAUAUGGAUAUGCCAUUGCCAGCUCCCAGUCGGUUGUGGAAAGCGUCGUCAGCCAUGCAGUGGAAGGACGAGAUCGUUGCUUUACACGUGGCGCAAGUGUCAGAGCCACGUUCAAGCAUCUGCCUCACAAAGCUUAUGGCUCAGCCGCUAUCUAGUCCCGCGGGAUUCAAAGAUAUGGACUCGGACGUUGCAAUCUUCGCUUUUCUGGCUGGAGUUUGGGCCCUAUGCAUGGAGUGCCAUCAACUCAGCUUUGUCUUAGGGCAGUCGAGCACUUGGAGCCACAUGAUACUAGGCUCAAGACGCAACGAGUUGUGUUGCACGAUGAAAGCUUUUGUUUCUCAGCUUCAGCUUACUGAGGUUCCAAUAACUGCUGAGAUGGAAGUUCUCUUCGAGGCCCUCAUUAUGCACACCCUCACACAGCGGGAUACCCCCAUCCUACGCCACCUGGCCUUUUCUCGACCCGAAAGCGACCCGAUGUGCCAAGGCCCCUCGCCAAGCCCAAGUCGAAGUACUGAGUAUUGCCAUGCGCUUUGGCGAGCGGGUCGGGUUAUUCGAGCAGCGCGAAAUUGUCCGUCAGGGAAGCUUUGUGGAGUAUUUGCCUCGUCUUUGUUCCAAGCCGUUCUGCUUCUCUGGCGGCAUGGUCAAUCAUGCCAAAGCCUUGACGGUUCAGCACUACCAACUUGCAUUAUAGAUGAGGACGGGUGCCAGGAGCAUCAUGUUUUGGUUGGCAACAUCGGCCUGGCAGUCUACGGCGUUCGCUCUGUGCCAGUCUUAAUCAAGUCAGAGGCCUUCGGAGAAAGCAUAAGGGAGGUAAUUAAAAUGAAUUGGGAAGGCAAAUAUAUGCCAUCAUGUGCUGCGGGUAUUUGCGACUCAUUGUCAAACCUAUCUAGAGAAAACAAGGACCAUUAA